CGAGAGUGCGUGGGCCGUACGCCGGAAGCGGCUGCCUGGGGGCGGACUCCGGGCCGAGGGCGUCGGAGUGGCGCAAGAUGGCGGACCUCUCCCUGGACGAGCUCAUCCGGAAGCGCGGGACGGCGACCAAGGGGCGGCUGAGCGCCAGGCCAGGAGUUGGAGGUAUCCGGGCUCGAGUUGGGAUCCAGCAGAGCCUUCUCAGCCCACCGGCACGCACGGCUGCCUUCCAGCAGAGGUUUGACGCUCGGCAGAAGAUCGGCCUCUCCGAUGCUCGACUCAAGCUGGGCGUCAAGGAUGCCCGAGAGAAGCUGCUGCAGAAAGAUGCCCGGUUUCGAAUCAAAGGGAAAGUGCAGGAUGCCCGGGAGAUGCUCAACUCGCGCAAGCAGCAGGGUGCGGUGCCCCAGAAGCCCCGGCAGGUGGCUGAUGCCCGGGAGAAGAUCAGCCUGAAGAGGAGCUCCCCCGCGGCCUUCAUGAGCCCGCCGGUCGGGAUGGUGACGCCGGCGCUGAAGCUCACCAAAACCAUUCAGGUCCCACAGCAGAAGGCCAUGGUGCCCCUUCACGCUAAUCCUGCUGGAAUGAAAAUCAACGUGGUCAAUAACCAGGCCAAACAGAACUUGUAUGACCUGGAUGAAGAUGACGACGCCCCGGCUCCCCUCCCUGCUAAGCAGCUGAAGCUUGCGGUCUCUGGCAGCUUUCUCCAUGGCGCGACCGGGCUGAGCAGUACGAAGCUGUCCGUGUCCAAGCCCCUCCCUCUCACCAAGGUGGUGCAGAAUGACGCAUACACAGCCCCUGCGCUCCCCUCCUCGGUGCGAACAAAGGCUUUGACCAACAUGUCCCGCACGCUGGUGAACAAGGAGGAGCCCCCCAAAGAGCUGCCGCCAGCAGAGCCUGUGCUCAGCCCUCUGGAAGGCACCAAGAUGACCGUCAAUAACCUGCACCCGCGUGUCACCGAGGAGGACAUCGUGGAGCUUUUCUGUGUGUGCGGCGCGCUCAAGCGGGCUCGGCUGGUCCACCCCGGGGUGGCGGAGGUGGUCUUCGUGAAGAAGGACGACGCAGUCACCGCGUACAAGAAGUACAACAACCGCUGUCUGGACGGGCAGCCAAUGAAGUGCAACCUUCACCUGAAUGGGAAUGUUAUCACGUCGGACCAGCCCAUCCUGCUGCGGCUGAGUGACAGCCCCGCCAUGAAAAGAGACAGCGAGUUGCCUCGAAGAGUGAACUCCGCUUCCUCCUCCAACCCUCCGGCUGAAGUGGACCCAGACACCAUCCUGAAGGCACUCUUCAAGUCCUCCGGGGCUUCCGUCACCACGCAGCCCACAGAGUUCAAGAUCAAGCUCUGAGCGGGGCAGAGGCGGUGUCCUGUCUACGCGGGCAGAGCGCGAGACCAAUGGGCCCUUGGACUGCAGCCUCCCAGGCGGGGCAGGCCGCCAGGGUGGAGCUUGCCCACUGGACGGGUCCUCCUGUGUGUCACUCGUCCUGUACUGUAGUGUGUGUCUCCUCCCACCUCACCACCAAGGUAGGCUUGGGUUUCUCCAGGCGUGCCUGCCCUCCCUUCAGCCCCAAGUGGAUUUCUUAGCUGGAAUUGGUGUGUGGUCCACCGGCUCAGACUUGGGAUGCUGAGGGCCACGGUCUUCCCCAGGGCCGCAGGUUAUCUUCCCUUUCGUGUGUAAGUUUUUCAAACAAAAGCCGUGAACAGGAUCCCUUCCUGUACUGAUGGGGACCUUGCCUCAGCCUGUCUUGUUGCUGGAGAUGGCAUGGUUGGCAGCGGGGCAGGGCCUCUUAUGCCCCUCCCAGCAGGAGUGACUUCAGGCCUGAUGGGCGGUCUGCAAGGGUGGGCUGAGGCCUCUGCCCUGCUAGGAAGGUGCACCCCACUUCUGGGCAUGGAGGCCGGAGCUGCUUCAAGCAACCUGGAGUAGAGUCCUUGUGCUGUGCCCAGUGUCCAGCCCUGGACUUUUGGCCUCCUAGGUGACACUGCAGGAG